AUAUUUACCAUAUGCAUACUCCUAUUGUACAUUAUUAGCAAUGGAAACUGUCAGAUGCUGUAUCAAAUGGACGAGACAGCGAUGAAUUUUCAGCAAGUGUCAAAAAAUUUACUUCUGAUCGAGAACAUGGAAAGCUUUGAGAACGAUCUGAGAAUGUGUGAAAGUACUUCGACGGUUGUUCUAGAUGUUCUUCAUUCGGUUUUAUCAGAUCUUUAUUCUAUGAACAGUUCAUUUCUAGAUACCCUUGUGAAUAAUGUUUGUAAAAGGAACCCCUCCGUUGUUUUUGCUCACCCAGCGGAAUGUCAGCUUUACUUCAACUGCUCAGCUAAUAAUAGUUUACGAGGUCACAUGGAAGAAUGCAGUUAUCCAGAUAUGUUUUCAACAAAAACACUUCGAUGCGAAAAAUUCACUGACGUAAAAUGUGGUGGACGAACAGAAAUCAAAAGUCAUUGUAAAUAUAGGAUCCAUAAGCGAAGUACCUGUACAAGUGGCUGUGCUCAUUCAGCACAGGGUCCACCUUGUGAAGUGUAUCUACCUACCUGUGAGGGUUUGCCUAACGGCAUACAAAGUUGGACAUGGAGAGGAGGUUCACCAUAUUAUGUGAAAUGUUACCAGGAAAGAGUAAUCGAGAAAGGCACGUGUCCAUUUGACUCAGUAUGGGGGACUAUUUCUCAACCAAUCAACGGAAAAUGCUCCUCCUUAUACGAAAAACCGACUAACUCCACAAGAUGUUUGGAACUUGGUGACGGAAAAUUCUCGACCUCUGAGUUUUAUAACAAUUUUUUGUUAUGCCGGGCCUAUUUUGUUUGUGAAAGUGGUAUCCUAACUGGGGUUAAAUGUCCAGGAAGUUCUAUUUUUGAUGCUAAAAGUGGAACAUGCAGAGAGGGUCAAUUUGCUCAUUCUGCACAGUGUCAACUUUAUUGCGAUUCAGCAAACUAUGACGUAAAAAAUUAUAGUCUUGAAUUUGGAAUGAAGGAAUGUCCCUACCCGGAAAUGUUUUCAGAAGAGACUUCACAGUGUAUGAAUUUUACGUUUGUUUCUUGCGGAAAAAGACAAGAAGUUAAAGAUGGUUGCAAUUAUUUUGCUGUAAAACACAAAUAUGUAAGUACCUAUUCAUGCUCCAUUGACUAUCCAAGUUGUACAAAUAAAUCAGACGGAUUGCAUGAACAUGCAAUUAAAAGGCCUGGACCAUACUUCAUGAUCUGUGAGGAAGAACGGUUCAUCUAUGAAGGAUAUUGCCAUUUCGACAAAACCUGGGGAACACAGACUUUUCCCUUUAAAGGAAAAUGCACGCCCAUGUUCGAGAUUCCAAAAUCAGAAUAUUCUAUAGGUGAACUUCCUUCGUGUGAGGGAAAAGCGGAUGGUAGUUAUCAAUUUCCUAACAGGAAAUGUGAUGCAUAUUACAAGUGUGAAAACGGUAAAGCAACUGGCAUAAAAUGUCCUGAAAAUACAGUUUACGAUAAAAAUAGCGGAGUUUGUAAAGUUGAUACUUCGUGUUCAUCGUAAUUUGCAAAUCAUCUUUACAGUAAUCGCAUGUUGAUUUAUUUUUAUUAUUUCCUCUAAAUAUAUUCGUUGGAUUAAUGCCCUAUCAUUAUUUACAUAUAUUUAAUUACAACAAAAAAUAUAUGAGUUAGACAGAUCUUUUAUUUAGCACAAAUCAUAUUUUAGCGAAAUCUUUAAGCUUAAUUGGUAGGGAAAAAAAAUCAAGCCUCAAGAAAUAUAAAGAGAUACGUAUCUGAAAGUAUUGUAACGCCAAUUUUUCAUAAAGUAAAAUUUUGAUAUCUACAAUGAAAAGGUAUAAAAAUACUUAAAUGAAAUGAGAUUGACAUACAUGUAUGCCGUGUGCACCUUUUUUUCUUAGUGAAAGCCAGUUAAACUUGAUCUUUUUGUGCAUAGAAAAAAUGUAUAAUAGUAUUUAUAUAUACCGCUGCUGAUAUGAAAUACAUUUACUAUAAAACAAUAACAAUUUUUAUGUAGACAUGUAUAAAUAUUCAUGG